CCCGUUCCAUCAGUUUAAGCAAAUGGCGUCGUACAGGUGGAUAUCGUUGCGUCAAAUUUCACAAAUCAUGAAUGAAUUCUAAGUGCCGUCGCGCAUUUCUCAUGAAUUGAGGGUAUCGUCAGCUCCGGUAAGCCUCCUCUCGACCACGAUACAUUUUCUGCGCAUGGAAGCGAUUCCGCGACGUGAGAAACCGCGUAUCUCCCCGGGACGUUUUCACAUAUUUUGCAACCAAGGUGCAUAUCAAACCAUGAACGAAGUAAGCGGAGGAAAGCAAGAUGUACCCAAUACCUCAAAUUGGGAAGCUUUAUCAGGGCAAUCGGUGUCAUCGUUGCCACCCAUGCAUCACCAUCAUCAAGUACUACAGCAAGAUACAAAUUCAACAGUAGCACAAGUUAUAGUUCCUACACCUGUUAAGCUCCAAACACCUAUAUUAACACCUGCACAGACUGUAGCCGAUCAUUGUCCACAACUUGGGCACAUACAGCAACCACCUCUUAUAACUCAGGGUACACCACCAGGAAGCUUUCCAGAGCUUGAGUUAUCUCUGGAACUUCAACAACAAGGAUGGAAGAAAUUUUGGAGUAAACGGGAAAAUCGACCAUAUUUCUGGAAUAAAUUGACUGGAGAAUCUUUGUGGGUGUUACCUUCUCUGAAACCUCAGUUUGAUCCAAUCACGGAUCCACUUGGCAUUUGUGGUGUGCCACCGCCACCUGGGAAUGGUACUAUUCCACCUAGUACGCCAGGUGCUACAUUAAAACGAAGAGCAUCAGAGGAUGGAGCAGUUCCACCAGCAAAGAAAUUUGUAUUGGCGGGUCCAUGGGAUCUGGACAUACCUACGAAUGUUAUAAUAUAUGAGCGAGCACCAUCAAAUUUGAUGCAUGUUCAUCCCGCGGCGGAGGCUCUGCGUUGCGCUUUAUUAGCAAAGCUGCGGCAGUGUUAUCAAGAGUUAUGCCACACUCGCGAAUCUAUAGACGCGCCGAAAGAUUCCUUCAACAGGUGGCUGAUGGAACGGAAAGUCAUCGAUUGUGGCUCAGAUCCAUUGUUACCGAGUCAAUGCUUCCCUGAAAUUUCAAUGUCGAUGUAUCGUGAGAUCAUGAACGAUAUUCCUAUUAAAUUGGUUAGGCCGAAGUUCACGGGAGAUGCGAGGAAACAGUUGUCACGUUAUGCUGAAGCGGCGAAAAAGAUGGUUGAAUCGAGAGCGGCAUCGCCCGAGAGUCGGAAAGUGGUCAAGUGGAAUGCGGAGGAUACUUUUCAGUGGUUGAGAAGAACGGUUGGCGCCACAUUUGACGAUUUCCAGGACAGGCUUGCCCAUCUGAAGCGACAGUGUCAACCACAUCUCACAGCGACCGUUAAAGUUAGCGUUGAGGGGAUAUGCCUGAAAAUUUAUCAUUUAUCGACGGAAUAUGCAAAGAAAGUGAAAGACAAAAACAAUCAGAUUCUUAAGGACAAUGGUCUAGGGGAUGUUAUACCGCUAGGAGGUCCUGCUAGCACGCAGAGAAAAGUUUGGUGUUAUCCAGUGCAAUUUUCCCUUCCCACACCGAGACUUCCACAGGUGGAUUACCUUCCUGAGCGCGAGCAAGUAAUGCUGCGUUUUCACGGUGACACCAUGUAUAUUAAUAACACGCACUUUGCUAAACUGGAACAUUUGUAUAGGUAUAACAGUUUUGAUGACAAAAAGUUUGAAAUGUUUCUGUCACGCGUGUGGUGUAUGCUGAAACGUUAUCAGACGUACCUCGGAAUCAACGAGGGCCAAGCAACUCAAAUGGCUCUUCCGGUGACAGUUUUCGAAUGCCUUCAGAGAUCGUUCGGCGUUACUUUCGAAUGUUUUGCCUCGCCUCUAAACUGCUACUUUCGGCAGUAUUGUUCAGCGUUUGCCGAUACGGACUCGUACUUUGGAUCAAGGGGACCAUUCUUAGACUUCAGGCCAGUCAGCGGAUCGUUUCAAGCGAAUCCACCGUACUGUGAGGAACUUAUGGAAGCUAUGGUCAACCACUUCGAGCGUCUGUUGGCCGAUUCGACCGAGCCCUUGUCGUUCGUGGUAUUUUUGCCGGAGUGGCGUGAUCCGGCUCCUAACGCGCUCAUAAAACUCGAGGGUAGUCACUUUAAACGCAAACAAGUAGUAGUACCCGCUAUGGAACAUGAAUACCGACACGGAUUUCAACACAUUCUUCCAAAAGGUGAAGUAAACAUCCGAGCGGCGUAUGGCACGCUAGUUGUGUGGUUACAAAAUCCAGCUGGUGCUGCGCGAUGGGGACCUACGGAAGAGCGGGUUGAAGCGUUAUUAGAAGCGUGGCGACCUGGUCGAGAACGAGAAAGAGAUAGGCAAGAGCUUCUGUCCCCGCCGCGACAAACACAUCAACCGAUACCAGCAACGCCAGUACCUGUACCAACAACACCAUCUACACCAACGGUGCCACCUGUACAGACACUACCAAGUCAUCCUAUAUAAUUAAGUGAUAUAGUUGAAUGAUCUUUGUGUGAGAGAGGGAGAAAACAAUAUAAAAAAUAGGAAAAUAGUUUCCUAUGCUUGGAGAUAAAUACGCUUUAUCUCUUGUAAUAUAACUUCUUUGUUAAGGAAAUUUAUUUGAUAUUUUAACAGAUAUAAAAUACAGAAAGAAUAAAGUGUAAAAAAUGAAAGAAGUGUUAGGUAAUUAUAAACAGAGAAAUUAAACAUAACAUAUAGAAACAAUAUAAACGUUACUUUAUAAUCAACAAUAUUUUCAUGCUAAAAUCCUUUGACGGCAUGAUGUCAGUUACAUUUUGAAAUAAUCACAUAGAAAUUAUUGAUUACUAAUGGAUGAUUAAUGAGCAUUUGACUCUAUGUUAACAGCGGAAUAAAAUCCCGUUGUUUACUUCUGUUUAGCCUUGAUAAACAGUAAAACUAAUGUAAGAAUUGCAUUGAGAAACACAUCUAACAUAUAAAAAGAGUUUACUUAUCGAGAAAGCAAGCGCACAUUGCAGAAAGUCUAAAAUUUGCAAUAGUGGUUAAUUGUUGUUGAUCAUUGCGUUGGACUUUGUGACAUGUGAUGCUUCAAAUAUUAAAUAUAAAUAUUUUAUCUUGCUAUGCAAGAUAAAAAUUGAUUACUAUUGUAAAUUUCAGAGGAUUAGAUUUAAAAGAAUAACAAAUGUAUAGAUGUAUGUUGUAUGUACGUAUGUGGAUGAAAGUGGUAGGAUGUGUGUGUCGCCUAUAACUCUGUUUAUUUGUGACCGAAAACAAAUUUUUAUCAAAAUGCGAUAAAAUUAUUCACCAUAUAUUUUUAACCAUGACAAUCUUUUUCUUCAAUAACGGAGAGCAUACAUAGGAAAAAAGGAGCUAGCUUUCGUUUUAAAUAGCUCUUUGUCGGUGCAAUAUUUUGUAUCAGUUUAUAAGUAGUUAAAAAUCAUAAAAGAGGAAUAUAAACAGAACUUUGAGAAAGACUGUACAGAACUUCUUUGCAUGAGACAAAGCACAUUUUUAUUAUAAAUAUUGUACAGACGUAUAUCAUAUAGGGAAGAGAUAUAAUUUUCUUAUUUCUAUUUUUUUCAGCGAGCUUCUACAAAAUUAAUCGAAAUAAUUGGGGUACUGUUACAGAUAAAUGAAUUUCUAUAAUUCUUAUUUACUUCAUGCAUAUCUGCAUUAACUUAUAUCGGAAUAAUGGAAGACUUAUAAAUGGUUACAUAUAUGGAAUAACGCGAAGCAAGGUGCCCAUUCAUAAGCAUUAUAUUAUUAGAAGUUAUAUAUUUAUGAAUAUGUAAUUUCCAAUAAUGUAACUUAUGCAUUAUUUAAUUAUUUUAUUAAAAAUUUGUGGUCGAGGCAAUUUAUCAACAUGUCGGGCACUUCUCUCACUGAAAUAGUGAUAUUUAUAUCUUAUAAAUUUUGUAUAUUUUUAUUAAAAUAUCACAUACGCUAGUGUAUAUACAUACACAUGCAUAUAGGCGCACACAUGCGCGUGUGCAUGUAUAGCCAUAUUUAGAAAUUAAGAUAUUUAUGCUUACAUAAUUGAAAAGUAAAUAAGACAAUACGUUAAAAAGAUAGAUAUAAGUUACGUUUUGUGAGAUACUAUUAUUUUAUAAGCAGCAGAAAUGUAUCCACGAUUAGGUUGCACUUUGUAGCUUAAUAGAGUACAGAUAACAAAUUUUUAUUGUAAAUCCUUAUAUUUAGAGUAGUAUAUGUUCAACUAAAGAAAAGAAAAA